AUGGCAGCCCUGACAGAAUACGUCGUGAACCUGUUGUGCCCCAAGCCCCAAGCCCCAAGCCCCCCCAGCCCCUUAAGCCCCAAGCCCCCUCAGCCCCCUCAGCCCCCCCAGCGCCCUCAGCCCCCUCAGCCCCCCCAGCGCCCUCAGCCCCCUCAGCCCCCCCAGCCCCCCCAGCGCCCUCAGCCCCCCCAGCGCCCCCAGCGCCCUCAAGGCCCUCAAGGCCCUCAAGGCCCUCAAGGCCCCCAAGGCCCCCAAGGCCCCCAAGGCCCCCAGCGCCCUCAAGGCGGCCCCCAGCGCCCCCAGCGCCCCCAGCGCCCUCAGCGCCCUCAGCGCCCCCAAGGCCCCCAAGGCCCCCAGCGCCCCCAGCGCCCCCAGCGCCCCCAGCGCCCCCAGCGCCCCCAGCGCCCCCAGCGCCCCCAGCGCCCCCAGCGCCCUCAGCGCCCCCAAGGCCCUCAGCGCCCCUCAGCGCCCCUCAGCGCCCCUCAGCGCCCCUCAAGGGUGCCAUUUGACUUUGUGGUGGUGGGUGGAGUGUGA